CAGCUUCACGUUUUUGAAUCUCUCGCAAUGAUUUCCAUACCGCAAGCAAUUGGUAGUCUACACUGAGAAUACCGUGAUACACUCACGAUACCCCCUUCCAAUGAGAUCCGCCAUGACUGUAUCACCCUCGAGAUGUCGCGCUCUUCCCCGGAACCUUUCCUCGCCUCGUCCUCCCCCGGCGAUUCCCUGAAACCCCAAUCUCGCUACACCUAUCGUCAAUUACAACUUCUUCGCCAGAACUCGACCGCGUGCCCAUUGCGCGUUAUUGCCCACGUCGAUCUCGAUGCCUUUUACGCUCAAUGUGAGAUGGUCCGUCUGGGGACGGAACGCACGACGCCCCUUGCUGUUCGACAAUGGGACUCGCUCAUUGCCGUGAACUACCCCGCCCGAUCGUCUGGGAUUAGCAGAAUGAUUUCUGCGGCUGAGGCGCGGAAGCUCUGUCCGAAUAUUGUAUUACAGCAUGUUGCGACCUUUCGAGAAGGCGAGGGUGGGAGAUGGGCGUAUAGGGAUGACUCGUUCAAAAAUAUUAGCACGGAUAAGGUCUCGCUGGAUCCAUACCGGGCAGAAUCACGGAAAAUAUUGAGUGUGAUGAAGGAGGAACUGUCGCGAUGGCAUGCGGAUUUGGUCGGCGAUGAAUCCGUGCAUGGGCAGAUACAACCUGCUGGUCUUGAGAAAGCUAGUGUGGAUGAGGUUUUCAUUGACCUGUCGUCUUUGGUAUUUGGGGUUCUGCUUCGAAGGUAUCCGGAAUUGCGAGCAUCGCAUGGUAGUGAUGAAAAAGUGGCGUUGUUGCCUCAUCCGCCGACAACGGCGUUGGAGUGGAAUGCUGAGGACUGUCUGGUUGACUUGGACGAGAAAGAGACUGAAGUCGAUGACCCUGACUGGGACGAUCUUGCUAUGCUUAUAGGGUCAGAGAUUGUUCGGUCAGUUCGGGCAGCCAUUUGGGACAGACUCACUUAUACCUGUUCUGCGGGAAUUGCGAGGAACAAGAUGAUGGCGAAGCUUGGGAGCGGCUGUAACAAGCCGAAUAAACAAACAGUUAUUCGAAACCGAGCAGUCCAGAACUUUCUUGGAGGAUUCAAAUUCACCAAAAUUCGGAUGCUCGGAGGCAAGUUAGGAGAUCAGGUAUCUGCGUUCUUUGGAACAGAGCAGGUUAAUGAUCUUCUCAACGUUCCCCUUGAACAGUUUCGGGCCAAGCUAGACGAUGAUACCGCUGCUUGGCUAUAUGGCAUUAUCCGUGGAGACGACAGAAGUGAAGUCAAUCCCAGAACGCAAAUAAAGUCUAUGCUGUCAGCCAAGUCGUUUAGGCCAAGUAUAAACUCCGCUGAGCAGGCAGAUAGAUGGCUACGCAUCUUUGCCGCUGACAUAUACGGUCGCCUAGUUCAGGAUGGGGUGCUUGAGAAUAGACGCCGUCCAAAAACGAUCACUCUGCAUCAUAGGCAAAAUGCUCAAGUCAGAUCUCGUUCGAUGCCAAUUCCAGGCUCGAAACAUGUCGACGAGAUGGUGCUCUUCGAGCUUGGUAAAACUCUGCUUCGACAGGUCAUGGAUGAUGCGCGUGCGUGGCCUUGUGCGAAUCUCUCGUUAAGCGUUGGCGGGUUCGAAGAUGGUGUCACCAAAAAUCAAGCAAUUGAUGGGUUUCUACUUCGUGGAGCUCACGCUAAGACUUUGGGUCAUUCUACGAGAGAGCUGGAUGAUGAACCAAUGGCAGAAAAACAACCUGAUGGGAAGCGCAGGAAAGUUGAAGAUAACAAAGGUAUAAGGCAAUUCUUCACCAAACCGCCGGAUGUUGACAAGGCUCCAUCUCAGCUCGCUGAGACAACGGCCGAAGAAUCACAAAUAUAUGAUCCAGAAACAGGACACUCGGCAGAUCGUGUCGAAAGCCAUGGUCCUAUGUCUCCUUCCGAAGAUACCGUGGAUCACUAUUCGGAUAUUCCGCUAGGACUAUACACCUGCAGCCAGUGCGGCAAAUCAAUACCAGAAUAUGAAAAGAAUGAACACGACGACUGGCAUUUCGCUAAAGAGCUGGAAAACGAAGAAAGACAAGCAGCGAGAAGCUCUCAGCAGACAUCACGUCCGAUAGCUACUUCGGGUCCGUCUCGUAGCCGAGGCGGUCGUGGUCGUGGUAAGCCGGAGAAAGGGCAGAUGCGACUUACUUUUGGGUAGAGCUACUAUGUACAAAUUGAAUAAUUGUAUACCGACAUCUUAUAGCAUAUACUGUACUGUUAUUUCUCGGACGUUUAUAACUGCUUGUCUUACUCCUGUUGUUAAUAAGCGGUCAUUGAUAUCGCCACACUAGGGCUGAG